CUCCGUCCCUCAACUUCAAAGCAUUUUGCUCUAAGCUAUAGCUUUAGUCUUAGGUUUUCGGAGACACUGAUUAUAAGUAAUGAAGAACUUAGCAGAAAAACACUUCAUCAAUCCUCUCCAAUUCACCGGUAUUAGUAGUAGUACUACCGGCCGAAAUCGUCGUUUUCAUCCAAAAUUCGAUGUUGUUUCAGCUGCAAACUCAACAACAACACCGUCGUCUUCCACCGCUGGCGCCGCGGGCGUCUCCGAUGCUAAACUCUCAUUCUCAGCGACAAAUGUAAGUACUACUGCGCUACUAACAAGUAGUAGUGGUAGUCAUAAGCUGCAGCCGUCGAGAAAACGAUCAUCCGACGAAUAUCAAACUUCUCCCAACUGGGAUUUCAAUCUUCUUCAGUCACUCCAACAUAACUACGCGGGAGAAGAGCAAAUAAAACGAAUUGAGGUUCUGAAGGGACUAGUGGUGAUGAUGCUGGACGAAGAAGAAGUGGAGCUUAUACAUCGACUGGAAUUGAUAGAUAACUUGGAAAGGCUUGGAAUAUGUUACCACUUUGAACCAAGAAUCAUUUCCCUCUUAUCCAGAAUACACAGUCGAGACCGUACUAAUGAGAAGCAACAUUUGUAUUCAAAAGCUCUUGAAUUUAAACUCCUCCGACAGCAUGGAUUUGAUGUCUCUCCAGAUGCUUUUGAUGCUUUCAAAGAUGAAGAAGGGACUUUCGCAGCAAGUCUUCUUAAGGAUCCCAAGGGAAUGCUGUACUUGUAUGAAGCUUCACACCUUCAAAUAAAUGAUGAGGAAACCAACUUGGAAAUGGCAAGAGAAUUCACAACCAAAUAUCUGAAGAAGAGAGUGGACGAAAAUGGAUUUGGUGAAGAAGAACCAACACUUGCUGAGUUGGUACGACAUUCCUUGGAGAUUCCACAGCAUUGGAGGAUGAAGCGUUUGGAGUCAAGAUGGUUUGUGGACUUGUACGAGAAAAGCCCUAACAUGAAUCCCAUUCUGCUCGAGUUUGCAAAAAUUGAUUUCAACGUUGUUCAGAAAUCUUAUCAAGAUGAACUCAAACGCGUGUCAAGAUGGUGGAAGAAUACAGGAAUGGGAGAAGAACUGAAUUUCGCGAGGGACAUAUUGGUGGAUAACUUCUUGUGGAAUGUGGGAUUUGUUUGGAAACACGAACAAGGAUACUCCAGGAUUAUGGGGACCAAGGCUGUUAUUUUCAUAACCUUGUUAGACGACCUGUAUGAUACUUACGCUAAUUUGGAUGAAUUGGAACUCUUCACUUCCGCUAUUCAAAGAUGGGAUGUCAACUCAGUUAAUGAGCUUCCAGGGUACAUGAAACACUGUUUUAUUGGUCUUCACAGCUUUAUCAAUGAAGCGGCUUAUUACGCUCCAAAACAGCUUGGACUGAAUCUCGUUCCAUACUUAACCAAAUCAGUUAAGCAUUACUUCAAACUUUCGAUGAACAUGCCCUGGGCAGAUUUAUGUGGGGCAUAUUUACAAGAAGCAAAGUGGUAUUUCAGCAAAUAUGUCCCGUCAUUUGAAGAGUAUUUGAACAAUGCACUGAUUUCAGUCGCAGCUCCUUUAGUAAUAUCGCUUAGUUACCUUCUCACCAGCAAUUCAAUCGAAAAGGGUGACCUAGACUGCAUUGACCGGAAUGACAACAUCAUUCGUUCAACAGCAAUUAUUCUACGGCUCACUAAUGACUUGGGAGAAUCCCCGUUAACGGAGAAGCUUAAAAGCGAAGAUACGCCCAAGGCCAUAGAGUGUUACAUGAAGGAGAAUGGAGCAUCUGAGAAAGAUGCACGAGAACGCAUACGAUUGCUGGUGAAUGAUGCAUGGAAAGAGAUGAAUAGGUAUGGAGUUACAGACACUUUUAUAUCUGAAAAUCUUAAAGAAAUUGCUAUUGAUAUGGCACGGGCUGGACACUACAUGUACCAUCACGGAGAUGGUCACGCCCAUCAAAAUUCCAACAUGGCACGUGACAUUGCUGGUCUAUUCUUUCAGCCCAUUUGUACUUUUUAA